CUGUCGCUAGGUGACAACAGCGCUACAUCAGGAAAUUAUACGACUCGCAGUGUCCAAACAUUUUUAUUAUUUUUAAACAAUUUAUUGGGUUACAAACUGAUUCAUAAUUGUAUAGAAUUAGCUACUGGUUGCCAAUUUUUAUUCAAGCUACAUAAAACAUUGUGUAGAUAGCUAGUCGUAGCUUAGUAAUGUUAUGAGGGUGAAUGGUCGAUGUUACGGCCUGACAUUAUUGGGUUGAGUCGUGGUUUCAGACGAGAGGGACACACACAUAUAUAUAGUUGUCUAAAUUGAAGGACCCAAAUUAGGUAGCUAUUGUGCUAACUUAACAAUGCCAGAAGCGAACUGGCUACCAACUAGCUAGCCAAGCGAACGUACAGUAAAUUACCUAGUUAAUGUACUCCGAUAUUUAGCUACGCUAACUGUUAGCUAGCUAAGGGUUAACCAGAGUACCGUUAGAUAACUAAUGUUAGCUAGCUAACAGUUAGCUGGAUACUUGGUCUCAGGUUGCAAGUACAUUUCUAUUGAGCUACAUUAACGUGAGUUACCCAGAUCUAGGUAACGUUAGUUAUAGUUAGUUUGCUAGUCUAGUUAAACUGCAGUCACACAGGCUACACGUUAGCUGCUAGGUACAUUAAAAAAUAUAUAUUUUCGGGAACGACAACUUCAUUCAGGGGGUCUGUCAUUGUUUGCCUUUCUAUCUGGGAUUUCAUCGAUUUGCUUCCAUCUGUUAAACUGAGGAUUCACAAAACCUGGUGGCUGGUGAAGGUGUGACAUCCUCGCCCAGUGCUAUUCAUCGAGGAGCUGAGAUCUAAUUGAUCUGUUUGGUUGCGGCCGACGGGCUGGCUCCUCCCCCUCCCGGCAGCAGCGUGCGCCCCCCAGCCCGCGCCCUGCGCCCCCCAGCCCGCGCCCCUGCCACCCCCACCAGGUCCUCUAACGCCAUGUGCCUCUCCCACACCAUGGAAGGAGCAUCAGGGAAGAACGGAGCGAGCCAGGCAGGGCUAGGGUUGGGGGGCCAGGUAGGGCUAGGGCUGGGGGGCCAGGCAGGGCUAGGGCUGGGGAGCCAGGCAGGGCUAGGGCUGGGGAGCCAGGCAGGGCUAGGGCUUGGGGCACUGGGCCAGGGCCAGGCAGGGUUAGGGCUGGGGGGCCAGGCAGGGUUAGGGCUGGGGGGCCAGGCAGGGUUAGGGCUGGGGGCCCAGGCAGGGUUAGGGCUGGGGUUUGGGACAGGCCUGGGGCUGGGGGGCAGGCGGUGUGGAGGGGUGCCUCUAGAACCCUUCGUACACCAGGUGGGAGGACACACCAGUAUGAUGCGCUACGACGACCACACGGUGUGUAAACCACUCAUCACCCGGGAGCAGCGCUUCUACGAGUCGCUGCCGCCUGAGAUGAAGGAGUUCACAGCAGAGUACAAAGGCAUGGUGUUGGUAUGUUUCGAGGGGGACAUAGACGGCUACAUCAACCUGGUGGCGUACCCAUACGUGGAGAGCGAUGGCCUGGACCACGAGGACCUCCCGGAGAGGGACCAACCCCGGAGGAAACACUCCCGACGGAGCCUCCUCCGCUCCACCUCUGAGAUCAAGGAGGAGAGGCUACCACACGAGAGUGACAGCACUGAGAAUCUCCAGGAGCUGAAGAGUCCUCGUCUAGAGCUCCAGAUCUACAGUGAUAUUCCCUUCCAGAUGCUGGAUAACAACAGCGGCCUGGGCUCAGAGAAGAUCAGCCACAACCCCUGGAGCCUCCGCUGUCACAGGCAGCAGCUCAGCCGCAUGAGAUCAGAGUCCAAGGACAGGAAGCUCUACAAGUUCCUGCUCCUGGAAAACGUGGUCCAUCACUUCAGCUACCCGUGCAUCCUGGACCUGAAGAUGGGCACGCGGCAGCACGGGGAUGAUGCCUCGGAGGAGAAGGCAGCCAGGCAGAUGAAGAAGUGUGAACAGAGCACCUCCGCCACGCUGGGGGUGCGAGUCUGUGGAAUGCAGGUGUACCAGAUGGAUACGGGCCACUAUCUGUGCAGGAACAAGUACUACGGCCGCAGCCUGUCCAUCGAGGGAUUCCGCCACGCUCUCCACCAAUACCUGCACAACGGGGCGUCGCUCAGGAAGGACCUGUUUGAGCCCAUGCUGUGUAAACUACGCAGCCUGAAGGCCGUUCUGGAGAAACAGACCACCUACCGCUUCUAUUCAUCCUCCCUGCUAAUCAUCUAUGAGGGGAAGGAGCCUGAGCUGGCCCACGUCUGGCAGAAAGCACCACGGCUUGUACCAGAGCCAGCCGCUGAGAUGCCCUCAGAGAAGGAGGAGGUGGUGCUGGUCAACCCAGGAGUAGGAACGGGUGUCCAGGGACCGGGUUUAGUAUUGGGUCUCCAAACGGUCCAGAGACCGACCGAAGAACCCCUCCAGCUCCCCCAGGCUCUCCUACCACCACCACACUGCCCCCCCACCCCUCCACAGCCACAGCAGCCUCCCUCGGACCCUCACGGCCCCCCUCGUCCUCCACCCCGCCCCUCCAGCCCCAGCAUCAGUGUGGACGUCCGCAUGAUAGACUUUGCCCACAGCACCUUCAAAGGUUUCCGUGACGACCAGACAGUGCACGACGGGCCGGACCGAGGCUACGUGUUUGGAUUGGAGAGCCUCAUCAAGAUCCUGGAGGGCAUAAGGGAGGAGAACCUGUAGCGGUAGAACCUGGGACUGACACAUAGGAUGUGUCUCAAAUGGUAUCCCCCAUUCCCUUUAUAGUGCACUACUUUUGACCAGGGCCCACAGGGCUCUUUGACCAGGGCCCAUAGGGCUCUUUGACCAGGGCCCACAGGGCUCUUUGAC